AUGCAGUACAACAGCUUUCACAAUCAACACCCAAUUUUCAGGCCUCGGUUAGAUCAGAAUGAACAAUUCGGUAAGAUGCCUUAUCUCAAUCGAAUGUACGAGUUUGGAGGACCUAAGAACUUUGCUCCUAGAAACAACAUGGGCAACAAAAAUUUUAGACCCAGAAAUGAUUUUAAUGGAGUGAGACCAGAUUUUAAUGCAAACCGAAAUGAUGAUUUUGGGGGGCCUAAGGAAUAUAGGCCAAGAAAUAACUAUAAUAAUCAAAACAUGCAAAAGAAUAAUGAGUAUGAUGGAGAAAAUGCUUCAGGCAGUAAUAAUAUGCAAUUUUAUAAUUCUAAAAAUGAUUUUGGGGGACCCAAACCAAGCUUCCAGAAGAAUAACUUUGGACCUAAAAACUACAAUAAUCCAAAUGGAUCACCUACUAAUGGCCAGCAGCAACAAUAUAUGCAAAAGAAAGCAUAUAACUCGAACACCAGUGGGCAAACACAAGACUUUAAUGAUCGUAAACUACAAAGUCGCAAAGCUAAACACCCAGGUGAUGGGUUAGUUAAGCCUGUAUGGGACAUGGGACAGCUUGAAGAAAUUGAGAAGAAUUUCUAUAAACCUCAUGCUAAUGUAGAUGCCCGUUCUGAAGAGGAAGUCCAACUAUUUAGAUCAACAAAAGAAAUAACUGUUAGUGGUAAUAAUAUACCUCGACCAAACCAAAAGUUUGAUGAAGGUAAUUUCCCUGACCACAUUCUAAACACUAUCAAAGAACAGGGUUAUGAAGAUCCUACUGGUAUUCAGGCACAAGGAUGGCCUAUUGCUUUAUCUGGUCGUGAUAUGGUUGGUAUAGCAUCUACUGGUUCAGGAAAAACCCUUGCUUAUAUGUUACCUGCUGCUGUUCACAUUGUACAUCAACAAAGGAUCCAGAGAGGUGAUGGUCCAAUUGCCUUAAUUCUGGCUCCAACAAGAGAAUUAGCUCAGCAGAUUCAAUCUGUUGCUCAAGCUUACAGUGCACGUGGUUGCAUAAGAAACACUUGUCUAUUUGGUGGAUCACCUAAAGGCCCACAAGCGAGAGACUUAGAAAGAGGUGUGGAAAUUGUCAUUGCCACUCCUGGUCGCCUUAUUGACUUUUUAGAACGUGGAACCACAAACCUGCGCCGCUGCACAUAUUUAGUUUUGGAUGAAGCUGACAGGAUGUUGGAUAUGGGAUUCGAGCCUCAAAUCAGGAAAAUUAUUGAACAGAUACGCCCUGACAGGCAAGUUUUGAUGUGGUCUGCCACAUGGCCUAAGGAAAUCCAAGCCUUAGCCGAAGAUUUCUUAACUGAUUACAUUAAAGUUAACAUUGGCUCUCUAAACCUUUCUGCAAAUAACAAUAUUAAACAAAUUAUUGAAGUAUGUGAGGAACAUGAGAAAGAAGCAAAACUAAGCAACCUUCUAAAAGAGAUAGCCUCGGAGAAAGACAAUAAGGUCAUUGUUUUUGUUGAAACAAAAAAGAAAGUUGACGACAUUGCUCGUGCUGUUCGACGUAAUGGGUACAAAGCUCUAGCUAUUCAUGGAGACAAAUCUCAACCAGAGCGUGACGCAGUGCUUACGGAGUUCCGUAAUGGUUCUACGACCAUAUUGAUUGCUACCGACGUGGCUGCUCGCGGUUUAGAUGUCGAAGAUGUAAAAUUCGUCGUCAAUUUUGACUACCCUAAUUCAUCUGAAGAUUAUAUUCAUAGAAUCGGUCGCACGGGGCGAUGCCAGCAGUCUGGUACAGCAUACACUUACUUUACUAGUGGUGACGCUCGUCAAGCUCGUGCAUUAGUUGGAGUCCUAAAAGAGACUGGACAAAACCCACCCACAAAGUUAAAUGAUAUGGCUAGAAACAAUAAUAACAGUUCUGGGCGUAAUCGUUGGCAGCAACGGAAAGAAAACAACAGUGGAUCUAGUUCACCACGCCAAAAGAGUAACCAGUGGAAUAAUAAAAUGGCCAGUGGUGGUAGUGAUGAUGGUCAAAACUCUAUUCAAACCCACACAUUCACUCAGCAACCACCAAGAUUUUCCAACCAAACUCAAAACAACCAGGGCUAUAGACAGAACAAUUAUCAAAAAACUGUACCCUUCCCAAGUCCUAAUGUUUUUGAUUCAAUGGGCACAUAUCAAGGAGGUUACAAUAAUGGUUAUCAAAAUGCCUACAAUAACCAAAAUGGGUAUGGUCAAAGGCCAUACAAUAAUACACGUAAUAAUGGACAACAAUACCGCAACAAUAAUGCAGGAGGCAACAAAUCCAGUGGAUCAGGAUCUUCAUUUGGAUCACCCCCACCUCACUAUGCUGCUGCACAUUACCCGCAGAUGCAUCCCCACCACCAAGAUAUGCUAGGUGGCAAGUUCUACGGCGGCGGCGUGGGUGGUGGUGGGCCAUGCGGUUACCAGGCAGCGGUGGGAGGGGGCGUGCCCUACCCGCAUCUGCCCCCCGGCCCGUUGUUAUACGCAGCCCCCGUACAGCAGUAA